ACAUAUGAGCGUAGAAAAGCGGCGGCGGCGCAAGUAAACGGUCGCGUUUGAUCUUCCCCCAAACCCUAACAAAAUCCACGAACCAUUUUCGGACUGCAAACGCAAAUUUCACAUCACCGGCACUAGCCUCGCCGAGAUGCUCCCACCCGCCGCCUUAUGCUCCUCUGACCUCUGCGAAGGAAUCCGCACGACCGCCACCAUCGUCUUGAUCAUGAUUAGCGCCGCUAUGGCGAAGGACACCAUCGCAAUUUGCUGAAACAACAAUCAUACGUGUUCUCAUACAGUCCUAACCUGCUGAAUCUAUACAUCAGUUUUUCGUUAAGGUUUCGAGUCGGAGAUCGGAAAUGUCGGUGGUAGCUCAACAAAUAUCGGCGUCCAAGACCUAUAGCGUGUUAUUGAGAGACUCUGCUUUCCAGUUUCGGCGUCCCAGUAGUGCCGAUACCUACGAGAGGAAGAAUUCAAAAUGGAAGCCUCCACAAGCAGCUGUAAUACCAAGCAUUCAUCUCCCUAUGCGUAGCUCUGAAGUUAAGAACAGGACAUACCCGGAGGACAUAAAGUCUCUGAGACUAGUAACCGCGGUGAAAACCCCAUAUUUACCGGAUGGCAGAUUUGAUCUUGAAGCAUAUGAUGGCUUGGUGAACAUGCAGAUAGAACAAGGGGUUGAAGGUGUGAUUGUGGGUGGCACAACUGGUGAAGGCCAAUUGAUGAGCUGGGAUGAGCAUAUAAUGCUUAUUGGUCGCACAGUCAACUGUUUUGGUGGAUCAAUCAAGGUCAUUGGAAACACUGGAAGUAACUCAACAAGGGAAGCAAUCCAUGCAACCGAACAAGGCUUUGCUGUUGGAAUGCAUGCGGCUCUUCACAUCAAUCCUUACUACGGCAAAACUUCCCUGGAAGGCUUGGUCUCCCACUUUGAAAGUGUUCUCCCCAUGGGCCCGACUAUUAUAUACAACGUGCCAUCCCGAACUGCACAAGAUAUUCCUCCCAGUGUAAUUCGCGCUCUCAUGCAGAACCCGAAUCUUGCAGGUGUAAAGGAGUGCGUUGGAAAUGACCGGGUACAACAGCACACGACGAAUGGAAUUGUGGUGUGGAGUGGGAACGAUGAUGAAUGCCACGAUUCGAGAUGGAACCAUGGCGCUACUGGAGUGAUGUCGGUUGUCAGCAAUUUAGUUCCAGGUUUGAUGCGAGAACUCAUGUUCGGGGGGAAGAACCCGUCUCUGAAUGCGAAGCUCAUGCCCUUAAUCGAGUGGCUCUUCCAGGAGCCUAAUCCCAUUGCCCUAAACACGGGUUUGGCUCAGCUCGGGGUCGUGAGACCAGUGUUCCGUCUACCUUAUGUGCCUCUUCCUCUGGCAAAGAGGUUAGAAUUUGUGAACUUGGUGAAGCAAAUUGGGAGGGAGAAUUUUGUAGGUAAGAACGAUGUUCUGGUUCUUGAUGACGAUGACUUCAUUUUGGUGGGCCGUUAUUAGGUUUUGGUUUUGUUUUUUGUUUGGGGUCCUCUGCCCUCUUGGACAAACAAUGUUUCCCUAACUUUUGCUUGUUUAUUAGAUUGAGUCAGGCGUAUUACCAUCUUGGGAUUCUUUGACUGAACUAAACCGACUAAACUUAUGAGUUCAGUUCGAUUUUUUCUUGCAUUA